UACAGAUAGGACAGAAUUAUCAAGGCAUGGGGCUGAUGGCGCUGAAGCGGCUCAUGUGCAUGAAGCCGGAGCAGAUGCGGAAACAUGGCCGUAGCCAAUCCCACGAUGGACUUGUUUCUUCAUUGGCUAGAAGAAACAGCAAACCUUCCGUUGAUCUAAAAACCAGCGAAGCCUCCGAAAAGGAUGACAAUUCUCAUUGUGGCAAAAGACCAAGUUACCUGGGUCCAGACCUUCCAGAGGAAAUCUGGCACCAUAUACAUUCUCUAGUGCCAAUGCGAGAUGAUGCCAGGGCUGCCUGUGUGUCUCGUGCCUUUCAUCACUCCUGGAGAUGCCAUCUUAAUCUCACCUUCACCAAGGAAACAAUGUGUUCAAAGAAAAGUUUAUUCGAGGGAACAGAGGACUCAAAUGAUAGAAGAAAUAGAAGAGAGUACAACAACAAUAUUGACCAUAUUCUGACGAACCAUAGAGGCGUUGGUGUGAAGACGUUCAUACUUGAAUUCCAUGGUCCUUACAAUACCAAAUCCUACAAUCGUCUCAAUAGUUGGCUUCAGAUUGCUAUUACACCAGUGAUGGAAGAACUUACCCUUAUACUGUUGUCGGAGAAGGCAAAAUACGAGUUCCCUUGCUCACUUUUAUCUGAAAAAGGUGGAAACACUAUACGGCAUCUCCACCUUGACAAUUGUGUAUUGCGUCCCACAGUUGCCCUUAAUUUGAGAUGCCUGACAGAGCUGUAUCUGUAUCAAGUGCGUAUUACGGGGGAUGAGUUAGGCUACCUUCUUUCCAAUUCAUUUGCUCUGGAGAAAUUGACACUCAUAUAUUGUUAUGAUAUAAUUCGCCUUGAGAUACCUUGCCUGCUGCAGCGGCUAAGCUACAUGGAGGUGUUUGAUUGCUUGAGACUUCAAGUUAUAGAGAACAAAGCUCCAAAUAUCUCCAGCUUUCAGUUUGCAGGUAGUGAAGUACAACUCUCACUUGGAAAAUCAUUGCAAGUGAAGUCCCUUAAGUUGGACCAUAGGUGUGUCAUCAGUUAUGCUAUUGACAAGCUUCCAUCCAGUGUGCCAAAUCUGGAGAGACUCAACAUAAUAUCUCCUCGUGAGAUGGUCAACGCACCGAUGGUACCUAGCAAAUUUCUCCACCUCAAGUCCUUGAGUAUUACUAUUCGUGGGUGGUGGAGCCUCAACAGGGAAUAUGAUUUUUUAUCUUUGAUUUCUUUCCUGGAUGCUUCUCCUUCCUUGGAGACUUUUGUCUUGUCUGUAUCAGUGGAGAAGAAGUAUGACUUGUUUGUUGGAGAUCCCUCAACCCUGAGGCAAAUGCCAGAACACCGCCAUGACAAGCUCAAGAGUGUUCAGAUAACUGGUUUCUGCCCCCAAAAGAGCUUGGUUGAGCUAACACGCCAUAUUCUUGAGAGUUCGAUGUCAAUCAAGUGCCUUAUAUUAGACACUAUAAGGGUGAAUUCUCGGUGCUCUGGCAACAUAUCUAGGAAAUGCUCUACCCUGGACAAGGAGUAUAUCAAGGAGGCAUGCAAAUCGAUCAUGGCUAUAAAGACGUACAUUAAAGGGAUAGUUCCAUCUACAACUUGGUUAAAUGUUCUGGGGCCUUGCAGCCGGUGUCAUGCUUUGUGAAAUUUGGAGGUCAAACUAUUGUAUGUUACCCAACGUUCAUUUGUGUAGUCCUAAUUGUACUUUAAUUUGCUUCCUACAUAAAUUACCAGAGCUGUCCAAUGUCUGGGAUACGUGUCAGUAUUUUUUUCAUUAACUUACUAGUACUGUUC